UAUAUAUACACACACACACAGAGGAAUACAUAAUCGACAAAUGUGCUGCAGAUCUCAGAAGCCAUUUUGUGAUGAUGUUGAGAGAAACGAACAUGAAGAUGCUGAAGCCAACGAGCACCGUUACACUUGUGUCUGUUCCUCCCUGCGUCUCCUCUGUUGCACCAUGGCAGCUGUCAACCGACUGGACAUUAGCAAAGCGGGGCUACCGAGCAGUUGCUCACUGAGUUAAAACGCCAUUGACAUGAAAGAGGACAGUGUCUGUUCACUUGUCUCUGUCGAGACAUGUAACACCGUGAGUUUUUUCCAGUCUGAAAUCUUCACAGCAUCUCUCACAGGCCAACGUCUCCUUGAGUGACUUGAGUUAAUUCACUCUGGUACCGGGGAGGGAAAAGGGAGGCAGAUCCGCUUCUCCAAUGGCUUCUGUGAGCCUUGUUUCCAGUCCCCCAGCCCCUGUUCUUGACAAAAACAUGACAGACUCUGAGCUUGCAGGGGAUGAAAGAGAGGACGGUGAACUAGAGGAUGGAGAAAUAGACGAUGAAGGGAUUGGAAUCGAUGAGGAAACUAAAGAGGCCCUGGAGGUGAGUGAAGAAAAGGACAAGGAGAAAGAAAAAGAGAAAGCCAAAGAGAAAGAAGAGAAGACUCACAGGCACUCCAGGAAAAGACACAAAAAGACCAGAGAGAAGAGGAAGUCUAAAAGGAGGAGACGUGACAGGCAGAAACACCACUCCCCGACCAGCAGCUCCAGUUCUGACAGUUACGACUCUGACUACGACCGACAAGAAAGGCCUAAAAACAGGAAGAGCCAGGGAUCCAGAAGCGAGGCUGAUGGCCAGCAUGGACGGGAGUCAAAGGGAGGCCACGGCAACGCUCAGAGGUCGCCGCCGCACAAGAGCAGUGAUUUUGACAAAUACAGUGACUACAGUGACGACUACGACGAAGAGGAGGACGAUUAUGAUGAUGACAUGUCCGACUAUCAGCAGUCAAAAGAUUCAACAUCCCCAGGUCAGGGAAGGGGUCGAUAUGUUAAAGACCAGAUGAAGAGAGGAAGCAUGAGGGGGAUGAAACACCAACAGUUUGGGCAGAGGGGACGAGGCAGAGGGAGUGGACCAGGUAGAGGACGCGGCAUGCUCCUCAAGAACAAGAAGAUGAAGGGCAAACCUUGGGGCGGACGGGGACGAGGUCGUGGAGGAGAUCAGGGAAUGGAGGACAUGGAAGGAAAAAUGUCCACCGGCUUUCAGAAGAAACGACCAAUUAUGAGCAAGGAGUUUAUCAGUCAGCACACAAUUGAACACAAUGGCAAAUUCAUCUGCAAGUACUUCCUGGAGGGUCGAUGCAUCAAGGGGGAACAGUGCAAGUUUGAACACGAGCUUGUCGCGCUCGAAAAGAAAAGGGAACUUUGUAAAUUUUACCUCCAAGGAUACUGCAGUAAAGGAGACAACUGCAUUUACAUGCACAAUGAAUACCCGUGCAAGUUCUUUCACACAGGAGCCAAAUGCUAUCAAGGAGACAACUGCAAAUUCUCCCAUGAAUCUCUGACUGACGUGACCAAGGAGUUGCUUGAUAAAAUAAUUAACACAGAGGAGGAGAAUGCCCGCGAGGACGAGCUAGAGCUGGAGGAUCUGAGGAAGCAGGGUAUCGCCCCGCUUCCAAAGCCUCCUCCUGGUGUGGGGUUGCUGCCCACCCCUGGUCAGAGCAGUCCCACAGAUGGAGCUUCUGGCCAAGCAGGGAAGAAGAUCCCCUCGCUGUUUGAAAUCAAGGUUCAACCGACUGUAGACUUGGCCCAAAAAAUCUGUCUCAGUGGAUCCAACUUCUCCCAGAAUCAAAGUGAAGGCACUGGUCAGUUUAGUGGCGGCUCAGAGGACACACAGAGUGGAGAUAUGGUGCCUUCAGGUCCUUCUGCUCCCUCACUUCCUCUAUCUGGUUCACCUGGUGCUAUGGGUCACCCAGCAGGACCGUCUAUGCCACAGAGCCCGACAGGCCAGCACCCACCUCAUGGAUUUCCAAUGCCGCCACCAGUCCCCCCUGGUCAACCACCACCUUUCCAUGGAAACCAGUCUAAUAUGAACCCUCAGGGGAAUAUGCAGAGGCCUCCGUUUCCUGCUGUUCCAGAUCUACAGAUGCUUCAAAGUCUUUUCCCUUUUCCAUCACUGGGUCAAAACCCUGUAGAGCCAGUUGGCAGCUUCCUUCAAAACCAGGCCAUGGGUCAACCAGGAGUAGACCCAGCUCUGGCCUUCGUACAGAACCAGCAGCAGCAGAUGGGUGCAGAGUCACAGUUGCAGUCUUUACCUCCAGCAGUGCAGAAAGCCAUCUUUAUACACCUCACACAGACACAGGGGAAUGAGCCACAGAGAGCCGAGGUUCAGGAUGAUACUAAUGCAUACAGAGAUGAAACUACAAACUGGUACUCCAGUGAUGAGGAGGAUGGGAGCUGUGUUGCCUCCAUCCUUAAAACGCUGAAAAAGCAGAGUGAGAUGCAGCAGCCUCAGUCCAAGCCCUCCCAGGUUGCUCCAGCAGGCCCAGUAGGAGGAGACCCUCGGACUGUAAAGGAGAGGGCACCACCCACUGACCCACGUGUGAAGAUGGACCCUCGACAAAGACUGCCUGAUGUGAAAAAAGAUCCGGAUGGGGCUGCAGAUCCUCGUCUCUCCAGAGACCCCAGAAAGACGAGACCAAUUGAUAAAAGUCCGUAUCAUCAGCAGAGCCUCACUGUUCCUCAGAAAACUCAUGCAGGGGAAGAGGAUGAUGAAGGAGAGCGGGAGCUCCGGGACAGAGCAGUUCUCAUCCCUCUGGAAGCCAGUCCUGGUGUGGUGCUGCGGGACCCUCGGUGCCAGUUAAAGCAGUUUAGCCACAUCCGGGUGGACAUUCUGCUCCAGCGGCCUGCCUUUGCUCAGACUGUGGUGUGGGCCCCUGAGGACCUAAUCCCUUCCCUGGUGCCCAAGCAGGAACACUCCAUCAACCUCCCUCUGCCACCUCUUAUAGCCGAUGCUCAAAUGAACCGUACAAACCUGCCUGACCAUCCCCCAGUUUCCAGUCCUCCGCCCACUGACCCCAGAUUGAUAGCUGCACGUUUGAAGAAUCGUUUGCCCUCAGUAUCUCUAGAGGCUCGGUCCUCCACAGAGAGGCCUGUUGACCCACGCCAGCAAAAAACUCUGGAUCCCAGACUCAAGCGUACUGGAAGUUUGGACUCCAAGCUGUUGGUUCAGAAGGAACCCUCUUCUGGAGGAGUAGCUGUGGAUCCUCGACUACAGAAGGCAAGCUCCAGCUCCUCUCCUCAUGCUGCUAGAGCCAAGCCAGAGCCUGAGAGGUUGCCGCCUUAUGCCCCUCGUUUGGCAUCUACAGGUGGAGGUUUAGAGAGUCCGACAACAAUCCUUGGGGGAAUCAGUCUAUAUGAUCCUCGUACCCAAGCGGAGCAGAAGGAACAAGUAGAGUCUCCCAAUAAGGUGGGGAUUCUGAAACAUCCCGCUAAGAGAGAGAGUGCUGUGCCACAAUCACUCUCACCAACCAAACGAAGUGACUCUUUUGAGGAGGUCAGGAACACAGACUUAUCAGAGCAGUCUCUGCCCUCCAGCUCUCCCACAGUUCCUCCUGUCUCACCUGUCAAACCCCCUGCAGUUCAUAAUCUACCCAUUCAGGCUCUGGCGGGGCUGAUGCGACCCCAGUACACUGACCCCAGACAGGCCAAACUUUCAGGACAGGGCUCUACAGGAACACAGGAGGAGGCCGAGCUAAAGAAGGACCAGGAGCAGAAGGAGCAACAGGAGGAAAAGGGGGGGGAACGGGAGGAGGAGGCGGCUCCAAAGGAGGAGCAGAAACAAGGGGAUCCAGAGGAUGAAGCAGAUGACAGGACGCUCAAAGACGUUUUCAAGACUUUUGAUCCCACUGCUUCCCCUUUCUGUCAGUAAACACUAAAAAAAACCUGUAUAUUGAUAAAACAAUUUGGUUCAUCUUAUUUAGCUUUACAUGAAUCUAUUUAUUUCUACAUAUAUAUAUAUAUAAAUCAUCCUGGAUAAAAUGUGCACGGCACAUUUUUUUCAUUGUGGACACGAUGACGGACUUGUGUACAGAAACCGUGUUUUAACAUGAUCAUAUUAAUGCCGAGCGCUAUGGAGGUGUUUAUGUUAAGGUCUUUUUAUCGUUAUGGAACUUUCUUGUAUGUAUUUGAAAAAAGGAAUUAAGAAAACAUGACAUGUUGUCCAUGGUUCACACCAGGCAUUACAGCUCCAGUUCAUUCUUUCUCUCUCUACUUGCAGAGAGUCAUCGAUCAAAGGAUUCCCUUGUUAUUAGCUGUUUUUGUAAUUUCAUAUUUAUUUCAACACACUUUUAUAUUAUGAUGUCGUUACAUUUGUGCUCACUUGUGUAAGGGAUUUUUGUUUUUCUCCAGUAUUUCCAGUCUUCACCACACACCCUGAUAUGAGCGUGGGAUCAGCUCAGAAAAAUCCUAACUUCCUGUAGGUUCUUGUCGCAUGUAGCAGUAAUCGAUUGCCGCUGCCUUUUUUUUUUACAGCCGAUUUCAUCUACGUCCGAUAUGGUUAAGCUAGUUUGCUGAGUUGUUUGUGCAGUAUGUUUUCAAUUGACUGUUUCCUGCAUAGCUGAAAGGAAAUUUUAGAUUUUUGUAACACUGCAACCAUAUAGUUUUUAAUCUUUGGACAUUGUUGGAUAAUUAUCAUUUUAAAAUGGCCAAAAAGCUUUGAGGACGUUACUGUCGUGGCCUUUUUUUUAACCCUAUCACCAAUGAGUAAGAAUAACAAAUACAUUUAUAUUGAUUUAUCAUUGUCAUUCCCCAAAACGCUCACUGUUUAAAGGUCCAGGGUGUAAAAUUUGGGUGACAUUAUUACAAUUAUUACACUUUUGUGGUGGACAAUCACCUGAUCAGCUAGGUCAGCUUCAUGGAAGUUGUCGUAUUGGACCACCGUUGUAUUUUGUGUUUAUAUUUUUGAACUUUAUUGGACUUGAAAGGAAGAACACUAUAAAACAUUACCGGGCGCACACUAUAUCGCUUGGAAAAGUUGUUUUGCUUGACAAUUGUGCGUCUGAGGUGAGAUGGUUGUUUUACUGAAACUAAGCUAUUUACUUUUCUAUUGUUUUCAUACUUCACCUUGUAAAUCCCUCUUUUGUAUGGAAUACACUUUGCAUUUGUGAGUUUGUGAGUUUUGUAAUGGCUAUUUCUUUAAGCACAGUGGUUGUGAUAAUACUGUUUUACAUUUUAACAUAAAAUGGUUACAUUUCAUUGAUUUUACUACAAAUAGUUGAAAUAAAGAGAGAAAAAAAAUCA